UUACACAAAAAGUUUACAGUUUCUUCUUUCAUAAUUGAGCAUCUUGUAUGGGGUCACCAACAAAUAAUUUGAUUGUGCAGAUGAGUUUGAGUUUACAAGUAAGAGAAUUAGUCUAUGCUGAGAUCUUCUCUAUGAAGUCUUACAAAACAACUUUUUAAAACUGAUGCUCGGUUGUCUGGUUGUCUGUGGUGACUAUUAGCCUAAUAUGACAGCUUGAAAUACUAAAACAGGAUAUUCCAAUGAUCAUUGCUUAUCAGUGUCCGAUUUGGACUUGACUUUGAAGAUUAUAACAAUCAUAAGAAGGCUCCCUGGAGUACUGGAGCAGAGCUUUCACCUUCUUUGAGAAAAAUGAAACUUUCAAAUGACCAGGUUUUAAAGUUUACUGUCCUCUUUGGAUCUAUGUUUAAUGAGGUUUCCGGUUUUCUGACUUCAUACUGUUGGUCUGGUUAAUUUGCAUGGUGGCAUUGCUUGGAUUGGCAAAGGCAUGUUAUCUUAUGGGUUUGCUUUAGACAUGUUAUUUUGUAAUUGGAGUCAUGCCAGUAUCAUGUUGAUACAGUUGAAUCCACUAAUGCUCAUAAUUUGAUCUGUUUCCAAGUAUAUCAUCAUGUUAUCUUAGUCUGCAACUUUUCUGGAACUUGAUGGUGAUCUUUAAUCGCAUGAACCAACACAUGAAAUCGGUUUGAGCUCCGUGUACCCCAGAGUAAUUGAUCUUGCCAGCUCUUCCGAGCUGGUGAAGCAGAUCGCGUGGAUCAGCAUCGAACCUGGCUUGGACGUCGAAGUGACAAUUGCAGAACCACAAGUUUAUCUUGAUCUGUUAAUCCAAGCAUCGCAUGUCAUUAUACAAUCUUCUAAAUGGCCUAUUUUACAUUCAGAUUUUUCUUGAUUUCUACGGACUUACCUCAUGCCUUGAUUCGCCAAGCAACUGUUUGUGACAAUACUCAAAAGAAGCUAGCACAAAAGAAAUCGUGUGAUUGGUUAUCCGAUGACAUUUACAAAUAGCAAUGCUCCUUUCUCAUGUCAUCCUCUUCCAAGACGCCGGACCAGUUGGCCCGCCAUGUUUCGUCGCCUUCUGCUCCUAAAAGGCAGCGAGAGUACCGAAGGGGCAAACCCGAUCGCCAAAUUUCCCGCUGCUUAAGCAUCGUUAGGACUGCAACGUGGCCUACGGCGACGCGCGUUCGUACUGGGAGUCGGCAUGUGCUGCGGGAUCCAUAUCCAUCGCUACUCUUCUCGCGGAUGAUCGCCCAUCAGAAAGACUAUUUGAUGCGAGGGGGGCCGGUCCCGAAGAAAUAUCCCGCUGUGCAAUCGAUGGCACGCGGUGGGGGUCAUAAUUUACCUCUCUGCUGGUCCACCACGAGAGAGCCGAGGAGGCCCACCACCUGUUCGACGAUUUGAUUGUUGAACACGCACGGCCCCGCGGUAAAAAACCAGGAAGUACAGAAACAGAUAAAGAUGAAAUGGAAGCAGAAAAGAGAAGGUGAGGGUUUCCCAUGAGGCAUGGAGGAUUGAGUGCUUGUACAAGCAAUGGCUUGAAAUGUGUGUAAGGGAGGCAAGUGGGGCCUGCACUGGCAGCUAGGUAUAAAGGUUCCAACCUGUCAUCCAUUAUUUACGACCAUGGCCAUUCAAUGGCGCGCUUUCCCCCCUUUCUCUACCACUUCUCUUCUUCUUCCUCCUUAUAACCAGGCAAUAGAAGAGUAGUGUCUGAGAAGGAACCCCACUUCCUUCCUUUCCACACACUCCUCUCUCGUGGCCUUCUUUAGGUAUAAUCUCUUCUGCUACAAUGUCCGUGUCGAGCUCCUGCUUGUUGCUCCUCGCGCUCGCGGCUUUGGCGGUCGCUUCGCCACUCGCUGUUGUGGCGUGGCGGCCAUGGCCGCACCACUUCGUUAGCAGAAGCGCCGUCAAUGCCACCGCCGCCAUGAACACUGGCGGUGGCAGCGGUGGGAGUGUAGACACCGGGGGCCUCGGGGUGUCGAAGAAGUACGAGGGGUCGUCGGAGUUCGUGAAGCUUCGGUACCACAUGGGCCCCGUGCUCACGGCCAACGUCACCAUCCAUCCCAUCUGGUACGGUGCUUGGGCGCCGGCUCAGAAGCACAUCCUCCGUGCCUUUCUCCGCUCCAUCUCCGCCGCGUCCGCCCCUCACCCUUCCGUCGCCGCCUGGUGGCGCACCGUCCGCCUCUACACCGACCAGACCGGCGCCAAUGUCUCCGCCACCGUGCUCCUCGGCGCGGAGCGGUCCGACCGCCACUACUCCCGCGGCCGCGCCCUCACCCGCCUCUCCAUCCAGUCCGUCAUCCGCGACGCCGUGACCGCCCCCCGCCGCCCCAUCCCUGUCAAUCCCCGCGGUGGCCUCUACCUCGUCCUCACCUCGUCCGACGUCGCCGUCCAGGACUUCUGCGUGCAGGCCUGUGGCUUCCACUACUUCACUUUCCCGGCCAUCGUCGGCUACACCCUCCCCUACGCCUGGGUGGGCAACUCCGCCACCCAGUGCCCUGGCAUCUGCGCCUACCCCUUCGCCGUGCCGCCCUUCGCUGUCGGCCUCCGCUCCGCGGAGCGCCCGCCCAACGGCGACGUCGGCGUCGACGGUAUGGUCAGCGUGGUGGCGCACGAGCUGGCGGAGAUGGCCUCCAACCCGCUCGUCAACGCGUGGUACGCCGGGGAGGACCCCUGCUUCCCCACCGAGAUCGCCGAUCUCUGCGAGGGCAUCUAUGGAACCGGCGGUGGCGGAGCCUACACCGGCCAGCUGCUGAUCGACUCUCAUACCGGCGCCGCCUUCAACAUGCACGGGGUGGGCGGCAGCAAGUUCCUGGUGCAGUGGAUUUGGCACCCCUACUUGAGCUACUGCAGCGGACCCAACGCACUCGAUCACCAGUAACCUUCCUACCACUGUUACCAGCAGGAAGUCGAAAGAAGAUGAAGCCUGCCUCAUGCGCUACCUAAAUAAGAAAGUGGAGGAAGACGACUGAGGAGAUGGUGUAGGAGUAGGGCUUUGUGUACAGAGAGGGAGGUGGACGAAGGAGGGAGACAGAAGCUGCUUGCUCAUGCUUUCGCUGCUAGUGUGUGUUGUGUUCAUAGUG